CUUUAAAGUUUAAGUAGCUAGCCGCCCUCACUCCUCAGCCCCAGCUCCCCCGGCCGACCGGCUACUAGCUAGCUAUAGGCCUAUAGCUAGAGAAGCCAUUGCAACGCAAUGGCUACAAUGGCUCGCCUCGCCGGCGGUCUCAUAGCUGCCCUGCUUCUUCUCCUCCUUGCCUCCGGCGCCGCCUGUAGUGGUAGCAUCGCGCUUGGCCGGAAAGGCGGCCAGGUUGACGAGCCAGUAGCUGCCAGAUCGGCGGGGAAGUACAAGUACGCGGUGAUCUUCGACGCCGGGAGCACGGGGAGCAGGAUGCACGUCUUCAAGUUCGACAACAAGCUCGACCUCGUGCAGAUCGGCGACGACAUCGAGUUCUUUGCCAAGGUAAAGCCCGGGCUAAGCUCAUAUGCUGGCCAACCUCAAGAGGCUGCAAGCUCCAUACUCCCGCUUCUUGAGCAGGCCAAAAAAAUUGUCCCUCUCCGGCUUCAGAAAAAUACUCCGCUUAAACUUGGGGCAACAGCUGGUCUGAGAUUAAUCGGAGAUGAUAAGGCAGAGGAGAUUCUUGAAGCGGUCCGGGAUCUUGUCCACACCAAGAGCAAAUUUCAGUACAAUCCCAAAUGGAUCACUGUUCUCGAGGGGUCUCAAGAAGGGUCUUACCUAUGGGUCGCUCUGAAUUAUCUAUUGGGAAAGUUGGGAGGGGACUACUCUAAGACAGUUGGUGUGAUUGAUAUGGGGGGUGGAUCAGUGCAAAUGGCAUAUGCCAUUUCCGCAAACGCUGCUGCAAAUGCCCCGGCUGUGCCUGAUGGGAAAGAUCCAUACAUUACAAAGGAGUACCUCAAGGGCAAAGAUUAUAACGUCUAUGUUCACAGUUACUUGUAUUAUGGUGCUUUAGCAGCUCGCGUAGAGAUCCUGAAGGCAAAGAAUGGGCCAUUUAGCCACUGCAUUUUGCGUGGGUUCAGUGGUAAAUACUCCUACAAUGGGAAGGAAUAUGACGCCACAGCCUCACCUGAAGGUGCAGUGUACGAUAAGUGCAGAGUAGAGAUAAUCAAGGCACUGAACUUGAAUGCACCAUGCGAAACAAAGAACUGCACCUUUAAUGGUGUGUGGAAUGGAGGCGGUGGAGCUGGCCAAGAUGACCUCUAUGUUGCAUCUUACUUCUUUGACAAAGCUGCCCAGUUUGGCUUCAUUGACAGCAAGGCACCAAGUGCAAAGUCCACCCCCUUGGCAUUCAAAGCUGCUGCAGAUAAGGUUUGUUCGUUGAGUGCCCAAGAAGCCAAAGCUGAAUAUCCCAAUGUUCUUGAUGUGCCUUAUAUAUGCAUGGAUCUUGUCUACCAAUACACAUUACUGGUGGAUGGCUUUGGUUUGGAUCCAUCAAAGGAGAUAACGCUAGUGGCUAGGGUGAAGUAUGGAGAGUACUAUAUUGAGGCAGCUUGGCCUCUGGGUACUGCUAUUGAAGCUGUUUUGCCCAAAAAGAUGAACCAGGAUGCAUGAUUUAGUCUAAAAUUUGAGCCCAGCAGGCCAGCACGCGAAGGAGACAUUCUAUCAGUGUCAAUCUGUUGAGAUCAAUGAUGAGCAGCAGUUGUUACGGGCAAAACAUGCUGCCUAGUUUGUUUCCCACUCUGCAACCAGAUAUAAUAAGAUCAAAAAAGUAAUUAAAUAAGGUGGAAUUAAGCCCAAUUACCAGAUAUAUGGGCCAAGCGUCUUUUCGUUCC